AGUACGAAGGUCUUUGGUCUGAGAAGUAAACAAAGUAUAUAGAUGAUAUUGCUAAGAACUGGAGAUUAAAGUGAGAUGUAGAGCAGAAAAAUCUGACGUUAGGCGUAGGAACCGUCAAAGCAGUCACUGAAAGACAUUAAGUUUGGUAAAGUGAUUUGCAAAAUAAUUGUGGUGUACUACACACGGUUGUUGUUCCGCAUAUGCAAUCGAUUUGACCGUAAUCGGAUUUGUUGCAGAACUAGACAGUUAUAAAAUGACUUCCAGAGGGCAGGUGGAAACUGAGAAGUUGAAACAAAACUUGGAAGCACAGUUAGAAAGACUGGUGCAGCAGCUUGCUGAUCUAGAGGAAUGCAGGGACGAGCUGGAUGCCGCUGAGUACGAGGAGACGAAGGAGGAGACGAUGGAGCAGCUGCGGGAGUUCAAUGCGUCCCUCUCCAAGAUGAUUUCCGGAGACAUGACUCUCGUGGACGCACUUGCCUCCAUGCAGCUGGCGACCCAGGCGGCCAUCAGCUCGGCUUUCCGCACCCCCGAGGUAAUCCGGAUGUUCGCACGGCGCGAGCCCGCACAGCUGCGGCAGCGACUCCGAGAGAUCGAGUCGCGUGUGCCAGAGGCCACCGGUGAGAAGCGCGAGAUCCUGUCGGCACUGCGGCAGCUGGGGGAGCGGCUGUCGGCACAGGAGCUGCAGUUCUUGGCAGAGGCGGGAGCGCAGGGACCGCCGCCCCCGGCCGCCCGCCACCAGUUCGACCUGCUGCCGCAGGACGGCUCUGAUGGCAGCGAUUCGAGUCGACAGCGUGCCCUGGACAUGGUGGGCUCCGAAGUGCGGGCCGUCGCCAGGUCCUGAUGUUGCACCCCGGAAACCGUUUCUGAGGUGGCGUCACAGAGGGAGAUGUGUUUAGUGACUGCCGCCGCCAGAUACGUCGAAUGCUGUGCCCCACUGUGCCGUCCUGUUCCUAAACAUUGGGAGGCAGCUGCAAAGCCAGGAACUGGGCGGAUUCAUUUUAUUUGUACAAAAAUGUUCUGUCAGCACCCAAGGUGCUGAGAGGGACCAAGAUAGCAGUCCCACACCAGGUGUCUGCAAUAAAGUAAUGGAAACCACC